ACCACUUUUCUUCCAUACACACUAUGGCUGCCACUACCCUCAACAACGAGCAGGCGCUCGCUUACUGCGUCAACAAGUGGGAUGAGACCAUCAUCCCGACGCUCUCGGAGUACAUCGAGAUCCCGAACCAGUCGCCCGACUACGACCCCGAGUGGGCAACGAACGGGUACAUGGACCAGGCCGUCAACCUCAUGGUCGAGUGGGUGAAGAAGCAGGACGUUGCCGGCCUCGCCAUCGAGGUUGUCAAGGACGAGGGCCGCACGCCGCUCAUCUACAUUGUCAUUGACGCCUUUAACGGUGGCCCGAGCGAGAACACCGUCAUGCUCUACGCGCACCUCGACAAGCAGCCGCCGAUGACCGAGAACUGGUCCGAGGGCCUUGGCCCGCACCUGCCGGUCAUCCGCGACGGCCGCCUGUUUGGCCGCGGCGGCGCCGACGACGGCUACGGCAUCUUUGCCUCGAUCACCGCCAUCAAGGCGCUCCAGGACCAGGGCGUCCCGCACUCGCGCUCGGUCAUCCUCGUCGAGGCCUCGGAAGAGUCCGGCUCGACCGACCUCACUCACUACGUCACCUCGCUUGCCGACCGCAUCGGUGCCGUCGACUUUGUCGUCUGCCUCGACUCGGGCACCGGCGACCUCCAGCACCUCUGGUCGACCACCUCGCUCCGCGGCGUCGUCAACGUCAACCUCAAGGUCGACAUCCUCAACGACGGUGUCCACUCGGGCGCGGCGUCGGGCAUCGUGCCGGACUCUUUCCGCAUCGCCCGCAUGCUCCUCAACCGCAUCGAGAACCCUGAGACCGGCGAGCUCAUUGGCGCCCCGUUCCACGUCGACAUCCCGCAGACCCGCGUUGACCAGGCCAACGCCACCGCUGGCGUCCUCGGCGAGACCGUGUACUCGAACUUCCCGUGGGCCACCGGCGCUGGGCCGACCACCACCGACUCGGCUGAGGCCAUCCUCCGCAAGUCGUGGAAGCCGACGCUUUCCGUCACCGGCGCCGACGGCCUGCCGCCGUCGGCUGUCGCCGGCAACGUCCUCCGCGCCUCGACCACCCUCAAGCUCUCCUUCCGCCUGCCGCCCACCGCCGACGCUGACGCCGCCUCGGCCUUUAUCGUCAAGGAGCUCACCCGCGACCCGCCCUACGGCGCCACCGUCACCGUCUCGGGCGACCACGGCGCGUCCGGCUGGGAGGCCCCGGCCGAGGCCGAGUGGCAGCUCGCCGCCAUGCACGGCGCCUCGCAGGCCUUCUACGGCAACGACGCCAUGUUCAUCGGCGAGGGCGGUUCUAUCCCCUUCAUGGGCCUCCUCGGCGAGCGCUUCCCCUCGGCCCUCUUCAUGGUCACUGGCGUCCUCGACGGCAUCUCCAACGCCCACGGCCCCGACGAGUCGUUCGACCUCGACUUUGCCAAGAAGCUCACCGCCUCGGUCGCCUUCAUCAUCGCUGCCCACGCCUCCAAGUAGCUCUUGAACCCACGCGCAUCUGAUAAAUGCAGCCCUAGUGUGUG